AUGAGCGAAAUUGAUGAAACUUUAAAACGAAUUAAAUCCCAUAAAGGAGUGGAAGGUAUUGUCAUUGUCAACAGCGAAGGUAUUCCUAUCCGAUCGGAUUUUAUGAAUGAUGAUGUUAAAGUCAAGUACGCAGCAAACAUCACUCAACUAGUGGCAAAGGCUCGAUCUGUUGUUAGAGACUUGAAUCCUCAAAAUGAUUUAACGUUUUUGAGAGUGAGAACAAAGUUGCAUGAAAUUUUGAUUGCCCCAGACAAGGAAUACAUUCUUAUUGUUGUACAAAACACAAACUUUGAGUAA